AUGGAACCUUUCAGGUAUUCCCUCCCGAACGGGGGAGUAGUAUCCGGGAUACGGAACAUCCCGCCGCCUUCAAAAUCUACACCUCAAUUCCGCCCUCUUAUCGUUGCUCUUCACGGGGGCAUGUACGAAUGCCACUAUUUCGAUGCAGACUCUCGUCACACCGCAUCCAUUUCAAGCAAUACUUACGAAGUCCCUUUCGUGUCUAUCAACCGCCCUUGUUACGGAGAGUCCUCGUCGCUUCUCCCUAUACCUGAAGAGUCCGACUUCGUGAAAGAAACUGCUGUCUGGUUGCACGACCACACCCUGCCUACUCUAUGGUCCAAAAUUGGAAUCGAGAAUGGAUGCAACUGUAUUGUUCUCUUCUGCCAUAGUCUCGGAACAAUGUAUGGAGUUGCGGCGGCAGCGCUGCAUGGCCAAGAUGAACGACCCUCAUAUCCACUUGGGGGUGUCAUUUGGUCUGGACUUGGGGAUAUCUGGCAGCCCCAUAUGUACGAGAACUGCAUCAGCAAGCCAUACGACCCUCUAGGCGAACAAUCGAUCUCGAGCGAAGUAAAGGACAAGAUCAUGUUUCGACCAGAAACGGUCCACGGGGAUGUCCUAAAGCUUACAAAGAAGCUUGACUCUCCCGCUCCGCUUGCCGAGCUCGAGAGCCUACCAGCUUCAUGGCUACCUCGCUGGAAAGAGGAGUGGGCUUCGCAUGUAAAGGUCCCCGUCAUGCUCGCCAUGAUGGAGCACGAGCCGUUCUUCGUUGUAUCUGAAGAGCGAUUGAGAGCCUGUGCAGUGGCAUUUUCUAGCAGCCCUCGCGUUGACAGUAGUUUUAUCUGGGGCGCACCUCACUGCAUGGAGUUGAGCUUUUGGUCACAGGGAUGGUAUGCCAGAGCCUUUGGGUUUGCUAUCGAAUGCUCGGUGCAUAAAGGAGUUACAAGUACAGAAAAUUGUAGUUGA